AUGGUUUUAUACAACGUGAUGAGUCCCAAUUCGAUGGAUGACUUGAAUCUUCUGACCCAACCCAACCUGGACGAGUACUGUGCCGUGUGCGGAGAUCAGGCGGAUGGAUAUCAUUACGGAGUCCUGUCUUGUCGUGGCUGCAAUGCUUUCUUUCGGCGCGCCAUCACCCAGAAUUUGCACUUUCAAUGCCGGCGAGGAGGAAAUUGUGCGAUCGAUAAGAGUAGGUCGUUGUAAAAGUUGUCGGUUAUAGACUUUGUGGGACUUCCUGGACUCUCUUCGAGCGCCGUAAUCUCUAACGAUGGUUUGAUUUGAAUGCUUUUUGAUCGGAAAUUGAUAAAGAGUUAGGCGAUGGAGAUCUUUGCGGGGUUCGAGGCUCCAACUUUCGGUUUUCGUUGCAUUUUUACAUUCAAAUUUUGACAAGAGUUGAGCUUUGAUCAGAGUUAUGACUAAAAAUGUGGUCUGAAUGAUGUUUCUUGACCAAUUCAACUUUUUAACUCACUUUUUGAGUGCUUAAGUAGUAUUGGUUUCUGGCUACACGCCAUGUAGUCCCUUUCAUUCGCAUUUCUGAUCUUGGUUUGUCGUAUUUGAAAAAUCGUUUCCUCUUUCAGAUGCCCGUUGCGCCUGUCGAGCUUGUCGUCUAAAAAAGUGCAAAAUGGUUGGAAUGGACAGGAAUGGUGAGCGAAUAUUGAUUAUUACAUCGAGUAUAACAUCCCUUUUGCUUAUUAACUUUCGUCAUUUUAGCCGUCCAACCUCGCCGUGAUGGAAAGCCCAGUCCCUCCAGAGAAGGGAUGUCCCGAACUACCUCAGAAUGCGGAUCGUUGGGAGAGUCUUCCAAGAGCUCCCCGCAGAGUCUCCUCGGAUCUCCCCGAUCCUCCGUCCUCACUCCCUUGUCCAAUCUAAAUGCAUUUUCCGUCCUCUCCAACCACAGCAGUGUCUACAGUGGACUUGUAGGUUGAUUACCGAGAACUUUUGACUCCUGUUUAUACCCCCAACUGUUUUUAUUGAUCUUCUAAUCAUUGUUUUUUCAGUCCCGUGUCUCCGAAUGUAUACCUCAAGCCUCCAGUUCAAUAUCCUCGUUUCUCAACAAAAUGGUCGAAGAUUACUGCGAUCAGCGGCGUCGUCGACGAACCAUGUUAUGCCAGACAUUAGAAGAGAUCCUUUCCGAUGAAUGCGAGACUCGAUUAAAGGGACCGGCAACUCCUGAAGAUUACUCGGCCAUCUACAGGGUACAGAUGAUUCUGAUGUUCGAAUGGGCCGAGAAAUUGGAAGAAUUCAAAGCCAUACCUAAUCCCCAUGACAAAGUAAGAGUUUUUGUUGAGAAAAAAUUAGUUUUCUUUAAUCUUUACCAUCUAUUUGUUGUAUUUAAAUAUCCUUUUCUGUAAUAUUUAUCAUCCUUUUUUCAGGCCAAACUCCUUCGAGUUUUCUCGAUGAAAUAUUUAUUGCUGGACAACAUAUUCCACACCAUCGAGCUCAAUUACACCGAUCGUCUCGUCCUUGUAAAUAAUACUUACAUUAAACAUGACAGCCCUCCUCAGAUUUCUGGAAAUGAACCCCCCAAUAUACUCAGGGCUCUGGAACUGUAAGUGUCAAUGAAAUAAUUUAUGAUAUGAUCUUAGGAUGUAUGGAGACAGCAGUAUCAGUGUGUUGGAAGAAUUGAUCAGACCUAUGAUCGAGAUGAAUAUUACUUUUGGUAAGACUUUUACUAAAAUAGUGGUGAUUAAUGUAAACGUUGUACAGAGUAUCAAUUUUAUUUUAGGAGAGAUCCUCGCUCUGCGGCUGAUAAUUUUUUGGAAUCCCGGCUCAGUUGGAUUAUCACCCGAAACCGUGGGAAUUAUUCAAAAAGCUUCGGAGAGAUCAAUCAAAGAAUUACAUAACUGGUUUGACGAGAAUAAGGUGCCCGAAGUGAAGACGAGGCUCGGAAACGUCCUUCUUUUACUUCAGCCAUUAGCUGUGAGUAUAAACGAGACUUUUGUCAUCAUAUUUUACCCUUCAAUUAUGCGGUCCCUCAUCAUGGUUAAUAUAAUUUCAGAAGCAUACUCAGAACCUCCAAGAGUUGGCUGACAUGAUCCCGGACUUUGGCCUGAUGCCAGAAUGGGAUUCCUUCAUGAAUGACCUGCUCAAAUAG